GACAGGCAGCUGUUUGGCCGAGCGCCGCUAUUUUCGUCCGUCCGUCCGCGUUAGCCUCGCGCGUGCUACCGCGGCUAGCCGCGGCUAGCCGCGCCGUACGUUGGCGACGCUGUCAGGUCGUCCUCGGCGGAGGACGGUGCAGAGCAGCGGGGCAUUAGCCGGGCCUGCACCCGUCCGUCCGUCCGUCGGUCCGUCCGUCGCUUUGUUUAUGCCGUUGCGCACCGUGGUGGGUCGGGGGCCGAGGCGGCGGAGGCUGCGCGGCCGCCAGGACUCAGAAGACGUGAUGGCAGCGGCUGACGGCGAGCCCGCGGUCCUCAACGCAGGUGGUUCUGGAGAGAAGGAACCUGGAGAAGAGGAGAAGGAGGAAGAUGCCUCCGGAAGCAGAGACGUCCGAGCGCAGUGUUCUGCACUAGAUGCGGCUCCUGCUGAGGCAGGAGGACCGUCCGGAGACAAAGCCAUGCCGGACGUGGCGGCAGAGAAGGAGGAGGAGGAGGACACGGACAGCAUGGACGGCAGCGUCCUCUACUCCCUCACCGAGGACGGGAGGGAGAGCGAGGGCGGCCGGCGAGAGAGGGACGAGGACAAGCGGGCGGCCCGGAAACGGAACCGGCCCGACGGCGGCGCCACCCGCUCCUCCAGCUCCGACGAGGACGACGAAGACGAGGAGGAGGAGGAGGAGCGCCAGCAGCAGCAGCAGCAGGAGGAGGACGACGAGGCCAUGGAGGCGUGGCUGGGGGCGGAGCUCAGCGACCUGCGCGGGCCCACCUGGCGCGCGGUGCCGUCGCUGCGCUCCAGGGAGAUCGGCCGGGACUCGCGGCAGUUCGUGCGGCGCGUGUGCGGCGCCCGUGGCCUGGUGCAGCGGCUGGAGCUGCAGGGCCGCCUGGAGCGGCACACGGGCUGCGUCAACACGGUGCACUUCAACCCCUCGGGCACGCGCCUGGCGUCGGGCAGCGACGACCUGCGCGUGGUGAUCUGGGACUGGGCCGUGCGCAGCGCGGUGCUGGAGUUCGACAGCGGCCACAAGAGCAACGUGUUCCAGGCCAAGUUCCUGCCCCACAGCGGCGACUCCACGCUGGCCAUGUGCGCGCGCGACGGGCAGAUCCGCGUGGCGGAGCUGUCGGCCACGCAGCGCUGCAAGAACACCAAGCGCGUGGCCCAGCACAAGGGGGCGGCGCACAAGCUGGCCCUGGACCCAGACUCGCCGUGCUCCUUCCUGUCCGCCGGCGAGGACGCCGUGGUGUUCGGCAUCGACCUGCGUUUGGACCGGCCCGCCAAUAAACUGGCGGUUGUGAAGGAGGGGGAUAAAAAGGUGGGGCUGUACACCAUCUAUGUGAACCCAGCCAGGACGCACCACUUCGCCGUCGGUGGGAGAGAUCAGUAUGUGAGAAUAUACGACCAGAGGAAGAUUAACGAGAGCGAUAACAAUGGUGUCCUGAAGAAGUUUUGCCCUUCACACCUGGUGUCCAGCGAGUCCAAAACCAACAUCACCUGCCUUGUGUACAGUCACGACGGCGCCGAGCUCCUGGCCAGUUACAAUGAUGAGGAUAUCUACCUGUUCGACUCCAACCACAGCGAUGGCGCUGACUAUCGGAGGAGAUAUAAGGGACAUCGUAAUAACGCCACCGUGAAGGGGGUGAACUUCUAUGGGCCAUGCAGUGAGUUCGUGGUCAGCGGGAGCGACUGUGGACACAUCUACCUGUGGGACAAGUAUUCUGCUCGUGUUGUCCAGUUCAUGGAAGGAGACAGGGGGGGAGUGGUCAAUUGUCUAGAGCCCCACCCUCAUCUGCCAGGCAUGGCCACCAGUGGCCUGGACCACGACAUCAAACUGUGGGCGCCGACAGCUGAGAGCCCGACGGGACUCAAGGGCCUUAAAGAGGUGAUGAAGAAAAACAAGCGGGAGCGCGAUGAAGACAGCGUGCGCCACGAGGAUCAGUACGACACCCAGCUGCUGUGGUUCCUGAUGAGACACAUGAGGAACCGACGACCAGCGAGGAGACCCCGCGAGGGUGAUGCAGAAACGGACGAGUCCUGGAGCUCUCCAGAUUCUUCGGAUGAAGAAGAAGGGGGUCCAGACCACGUCCAGUGCAUGUCCUCCUGAAAGACACACGCACGCACACACACACACUUGCAUACAUACAUACAUACAUACAUACAUACUGAUGAACACACACUUUAUUGCCCAUGAAUCAAUGCACAUAGGCAAGCACUAUUGGUACACUCAAACACUGACCAGCCACUUGGGGUGUUGAUUUCACACACAUACAUUUUCACACAUAAAUACAUAUAAUUACUUAAAGGUACUGGUGACACAGAGUGAACGAGACGCUUACUGCCUGGUUUUCCAGCUACAGACGACAUGCACUCUUCCAGAAUCCACUUCUUUCUUUUUGUUUUUUUCAUUUGAGAAUGUACGAAGAGGUUUAGUGAGUCCUUGCGUCCCUCUACACCUCGGGGGCCCCUGCUUGACCCGCCGAGCCCCAGAACAAUGUACUGUGCAUUUAUGGCUACGAGCAUCUCUUUACGCACCCGGUACUAAACCACAACACCAGCACACGGCCCUCCGUCCCCACUAUCCUCCCUCCUUAUGCUCCUGAACUUUCUGUACUGAAGAGGGGUCCAGCAAGGGGCGAGGAGAGGUACGACGUGACCCUGAACCCAUCCCCUAAAUGUGACUUUCUCUACUGUUGAACUGAGCGAGCGAAGCCCCGGAGCCCCCUCUGUGUCGCCUCAGCAUAUCACUGGCUUCUGGCCCUGAGCUUGAGCAGGUAGUUGCACUUAUUUUGCAUUUAUUACACGUUUGCUCCCAGAGGACUACUAAACCUUUACAUUCUGCCCUCAGCCCCCCCCCCCCCUCACUGCUGAGUGCAUUUUGAAUCAGGGAAGCUUAAGUUAGAGACACAGCCAAAAUGUGCACUGGGUGAUUUUUCUUUCUGGGGAGGGAGGGAGGAGCUGUUGUCUCGUGUCACUGAGAAGCUCCAUGUAUUAUUUGUUUUGGUGAGUGACGGCCUGUUUUGCACUUCCUGACUGAGGUAGAGGAGGUUGUCUUUACUUCCACCAGCCUUUCCUCCUUCCUCUUCUUCCCCCUGACACCCAUCUUGACAUUGGCGAGGAGCCUCCUCAGUGAACAUGAGAUGGAGCGGUAGACUGUGAUAUAAGGACUGAUUUUUGGACUCUCUCGGGGAACUGUGUAAUUUAAAGGAGCGACAACCGACCUGGAUCAAUCGCAAUUUAAACACUGCCCACGAGCCAGUUGAGGCGGGAGUAAUAACGGGCUCCACUUGAUUGUGUGAAUCCCUCUGUGAUGCUAAAUGUCUCAUCAAUUUCGCAGCCCCCCCCCCAAACUCAAACAUUUGAACCAGGUUGGGUGUUUGCAGCUAUUACACGACUCCCGAGAAACCUUUGGGUUUGUGCUGUAUCAACAUUGGCUCGAUGGAGGACGAAGGGAGGAGGAGGGCAGCAGGGUCAAUAUGCUUGCCAGUCAUUUGUUUUGUGAGAGCGAUAAAGUCCAGCUUUUCUCAUUUUCUGAGAACUCUAGUUAGUUGAAUUUAUAUGUGUGUAUAUAUAUAUAAAUAUAUAAUAAAACUGUAAAAAAAAACAUUGUUUGAAAAAAGAAAAAUCAAAACAUUUGAUUGGUAUUGAUGCAGAGGUUUAUAUUCUAUAUGAGGACAAAUUACUUUUAGAAUCCAAAUGAAGAGGUCGACUCGAGGCACCAUUUCUGUUAAUUUGUUUCCUUUUCGCAAUGACGCCGCUCUGUCAUAAACAGAAUCGCUGUCAUUUCGAGCAUCAAAGCUUUGAUUCUCACGUACAAGAAAAAAACGUUUUCCUUUCUAGAUUCUAGUUCAUCAAUUGAGAUCGGUGUAUUCAGAUUUUUCUCACUGGUGGCUAUUUUGGGCAUCUUCUAUACGUAUUGAGGCUUUUGAUGAAAUAAUUUUCCACCAUUGCCUAAUAUUGCAUUCUACCAGUUCAGUUGGAAACAUGUAUAAUUCGUGCAAUAAACAGAAAGAGAGAGA